CCGUAUAUGUUAGCGGCCUGCGGAAACUUUUCCCGGACACUUUAUAGACAUUUUGGCCUAGGCAUGGAUGAGGAGAGUAGUAUUUAAAGAUCAAAUAGAACCUCUCCUUUAGAAUAUCUAGAAUAUUGUUAUAUUGCCAGUCGAAUUUUAAGAAAAUAUGGCGCACCUAGAACUUUUUGUCUUCACAUGGGGCCUCUACCCCCGCCGUAUACUCAUCUACCUUCAUGAAAAGGGGCUCCUCAACUCCCCACACAUUAAAGUCGCACAGGUGACCAUAUCUCCUACUGCUGAAAUGAUAGCGCCAGGAAAACCCAAGGGUACCGUGCCUAUUCUAGCCUUGCCAGAUGGAACUUUCAUCAAGCAAUCAGUGGCGAUCCUGGAUUACUUCGAAGACAUAUGCGACAAUCCUGAGGAAGACUGGCAAAAGGAUAUUGCAGCCGUUGCGAAGACCUCUAUGAGAGGAAGAAAUGCGCGUGAUAGAGCAACGACAAGAGAGAUUCUUGCGUUGGCGGAUGAAGCUACAUCUAUGUUCGGGUUUGCUUGUCAUAAAGGCAGCAAACUCUUCCUAGAGAUGGAGCUUACAAACCCGGUUGCAUCGAGCAUGGCUAUCGUAAGGAGGAGCAUGAAACUCCUCGAGCCUUACUAUGAGGGCCGAUUUGAAGGAGAUAGUUCCGAAGCCGAGAAGGUUACUAUAGCAGACUGUGUAUUUUUCUCGUUUCUGCAGUUCUCCAAGGAACUGUAUGGGGUUGAUCUGGUGGCAGAUUCGGAGUUGAGAAAUCUGAGGAGGUUCUAUGAUGCAUUUAAGGAGAGGGACAGCGCUAAGAUCCCGGAGGACUUUUAUCCUCGGUAUAUUAAGGAGCUUGCUCCUGUCUGGCUGGAGUGAUGGUUAUGAUAGAAGGUGUAUAUAAGGAUAUUGUAUAGAAGAAGGAUCACACAAGAGUAGAAAUAAUUGACUCUAGGUAUACGUGUCUGCAGACUUGAGCAAGUUAACAUUGGACCCGAGAUUAACGAUGGAUCGGGAGAACUGGGUAC